AUGUUGUCGCGGUCCUCCCAAGCUGCAGCAGAUUUGCUUAGCUGCCGACCCUCACCGAUAUGCCGAAAAUGCACCCCGUCGCGCGCAUUGCGUCGGUACGAUGUAUUCCUUCGCUCCAAUAGCCAGCAAUCCGACGAGCCCUUGGAUGAGGACGAAAACCAGCUGCCAAGAUUGACACUCAAACCGCGCAUGCCUUUCCAGGAUGCCGCACGUCGCAAAGGACAGUGGGGCACCAGAGUGCCUAACCCGGUCACAGCGCUAGGUGAACAAGCGGAGGUGCUUGUCUUGAAGGAUAAGGAUCGGGAACGCAAAUACCCAGGUCUAAUCACGAAUGAGCCCGCGGAUGAAGGCGGCCUCUCGAAGAUGCUGAAAGAUAUUGAGGGCUCGGAUACUCUAGUCGACGAAGAUUUGGUGACCGAGAAUUUCGAAUACCUUCGACGUUACAAGCCAGGGGUUAAGUUGUCCCUCGACGAAUGGCACGACCACAGACAAAAGACUGGGAAGUCUUUUACCAUCAAACAAAUGCGUGCCUAUAUUUCCGAGUCAUUGAGGAAGGAGGAGGAGGAGGAUGGGAGGGCGCUAGAACAUGGGAAAAGAGUUUCUUCCGAAUGGAGGCCGGGAAUCUCGACAUUUCUUGACACGGCUGAUGUGCACGAUGGCGUUAGAGUUACGAAAUCACAGGAGAAUGUGAGCGCAAAGGAUAUCUUAGUUGAAACGAUUCUCAGAGAUUGCUGGAAACUCGGGAUUGUAGGCGAAACUGGUCAACUGGAUUAUCAGAUCUCGCCACCUUUGUUAUCACUCCUCGUUCGAUCUACCAACUUCUCAUUUGAGGUGCUAGCCGGCCUCCACGACGUUCGAGUUGACCUUACACAUUCGAUUGGUCUGGUUCGGAUAACCGGAACCCAGAAAGCAUGCGAAGCCCUUCGUGAUGUGGUACACGAUGCCACAACCAGGAUACGAGAGGAAGAUAUUCAAUUGUACUCACAAGAUGGUCCUAGCGCUAAAUCUAUCGAUCGAAUUCUCAAGCCAGAAUUCUUGUCAUGGAUCAACACAACUUACGGCGUGGUUAUCGAGCAACAUGCAUCAAAACCAAGCAAAUUGUUUUACUUGGUCGAAAACAAAGAGGGUGCAGACAAUGCCAGGAGAACACUCAACCUAGCGAUACAUGAUGUAACUGCUCCUCAAACACCGUUUAGCACAUACGUGUCUGCAUCUGAACCUAUGCCAUAUCAUAAUUUCAGCCCAGAGGACAACACAAUUUGGUGGAACCGGGAAAAGCCAUGGCUUCGGUGGGCUGUGCCAUCAGCUCAAUCUAGUGAGGCCAAAGAUCUCCAAACGCCCAUUUUCGAUCGCCACGAUAGACGCCUCACCGACGAGCUUCUGAAACUGCUCCGACAGAAAUCCAGCCCCAAGAUCGAUUGCGACAAUGACGUCGGAGUGCACGAGUCGAUUUCAGCGGCCGUUGGCAGGUGUCUUUUCCAGCGCAAGCCGUUCCUCGUGAACGAGACCAUCAGUGCCAACCAACUCGGCAAACUGUCUGUUCCCCGGACUUUUAACACCGAUGUUCCUCAAUUGGCAUCCAUCCUUCGCCAGCUGACCCCUCUUUUGCCUAUCUACACACGACAUCACCGCAUUCAACUCGUCCCGUCUUGGAAACACGCAAACGUAUUCCCGACCCUUGACAUUGAAUUUUCACUGGACGUGAUGCAAAACGAUGUGGAUUUGACCGACAAAGUGCGCCUGCAGAAUUUCAAAACGAUUCUAUCCGAGAGCACCGUUGAUUAUUUGCUUCCGGAGAAUGGGCUGGAUCUCCGAUUCACGCGGAAGCUAACUCGUGACCUUCUGGAAGGAGCUGAAAUAAACCCUUCCUUCCUUGAUCUUCAGGAGACCCUGAACGGUGUCUUUCUCAAGGCUAGAGCCAACCGGGAAGACAGACCGCUUCCGGCCUUCAUAGACCUUUCGCUUCCCAACCACGUCUUGUCCAAUGCCAGUGAAAAUGCGGACCCCAGCGGCGAAUCUGUGGGCGAAUAUAUGUUCAUGCCCGUGAACAGCAUUCGGACCACGAGCCUCCAUCGUUACUACUACCGAGGCCAUGCACUCAAUUAUUCCUAUUUCGAGAGCGGCCCGUACUAUGCCCAUCAGAACACGGAUUGCUUCCUGGAUUUCAGCUUAGCUAAGGGCUCAUCUGUUUCUGCCCACUCUAAGCCGAGUGAUUCGGUGCAGGCUAUAGAUUUCAAUUCCUUCUAUAAGGCUGCUUGUGCGUUGGCUUUUGAUGUGGAUAAAGCCGGGCGUGCGACGCCCCUACGUGAUAUUGAUGUAUAUUAA